AUGGAUACGGCGAGAACGUGUCCUUUCGCCGCUCGCUGUGAUGUGAUCUGUGUGCCGAGAAUUUUUCCAGAGUUCCAAAAUUUUGAGACGUCAAGUGGAGAAGGAAGGUCGAAAGACCCUUUCGACUUGCUUGCGGUGCUGUUCGACCUUUCUUCCACCAUUCGGUCAAUCUUUGUCACUCAGCUAUAUACGAUGAAGAAGCCCGUCCAGGAGCGCUACAACGCCAAAGCGCGGCGCUCGUCCGUCGGCGGCUCUUCCCAUAAGAACAAGCGCUCCCUACGCCAAAGAGAGGCCGACGCUUACGACUCCAAUGCACAGCUCAUCGUACCAGGAAGUCAAGAGGAUCUUCAAAGGAAGCAGGCAGAAUUGCAACGCAAACAGCUCCUCGAAGCCUCCGGUCAGGAUGCUUCGGCUCCCAUGUCGUCCAAGAAGCGCAAGCGUCUCGACGCCUACAUUGCUUCCCGCCUCAAAAAGGAGGAGAGGGUGCAGAUCAUGCACAAGCUCGCACAGACGUCGGCCGAAAUCGAUCGCACCGCCCUCAGGUCCGCAGCCACGCUGGGUACUGGCAGAGCAAAGACUAUGGAAGAGCGCAUAGACACCGCUGGGCAGAAGACGGAUCGCAGCAGCGGAAAGCGAAGAAGGAGGACCAUGAACGGUGCCGCAAUGCAGAUCGAAGAGGACGACGACGAUGCGGACCUCGACGACAUGCAAGCCACCGAGGGAGACGUCGAUGAGGACGACGAUGAGGCCAACUUCACUCCACCAGAGGAUGUCGAGGAAGAAGGCCAGGAUUAUGAGCCCGUUGGCGAAGUCGAGGAGGAUCCAGCACGCAGAGCCAGGAUCCUCGCUGCAGCGAGCCUUUUCGACAAGUCCAAGGCGCCAAACACUGACACGGCAACCUCAUCCAUGACCCACUCAGCGCCUGCGCUAGGUUCAGCGCUCGCAUCGGCUCUCGGCUCUACCUUGGCGAGGGACGCGCACGGCAAUCCCAUCAUGCCACCCAUGCGAAAGCGCACCAAGAAGCCAAAAGCCGCCCGUGUCAACGCCGCCACCAGGGUUCAGCAAGCGCGCGAGAGCGAUUCUAGCUUUGACAGCUCCGAGUCCGAGGCCGAGUCCUCUUCUGCUCCAGAAAUCAGACGCAAGACCGCAUUGGCUCUCGACGACGAGCUCAUCGGUCCUGCUCCUCGCGCAUCUCUUUCAAGAAAGAACCAGGAGAAACGCCUGGCACAGGCAGCUGACCUCAAAGGAAAACGCAAAGCUGUCGCUUCAGGUCCAGACUGGGUCCAACAAGAAUUCGAUGACGACUUACUCCAAUCUCAAGCAGCGCAAGAUGCUGACGAGCUCGAGCAAGAGGUGGAUGACGACGACCAUUCAGACGAAGACUCUGAUCUGGCAUCAGAGGAACCGGACACGGAUGAGGAGGAAGACAGCGUCUUCCUCGAGGCUAUGCGUCGACGAGGUCUGCUACAGAACGACUUGCAUGCUUCUGGCUCUGCAUCUGCCAGCGGCUCCGUCCCAGCUUCGUCCAAACAGAUCGAUGACCGAGGAGGCGCCGACGUCGAUGACUCGGACGAUGUCGAGCAAGACGACUCCGACCAAGAUGAUGACGAGGAUGACGACGACAACCACGACGAGGAUGAUGACGAGGAUGAUGACGUAGAUGAUGACGAUGAUGACGAAGAAUUCAGAUCUCGCCGAAGGGGCAUCGGCACCACGAAGCGCAGCUCCGGCUUCAAAGAUUGGGCACGUGCCGCCUUGGGCAUCGGCGGGUCUGCCACCAAUGCUGCCAAGCAUGACUCCACCGAUGGUGCUGAUGGCAUCGAUGCAGAAGAAGACGACACUGCAUACAACCUCGAACCCGUUGCAGGCUUCAAAGUCAAAGUCGGCGAUAUCAUGCCCAAGGACGGCGUUGCCCGUGGUCCCCUCGGUCGCGACCAAGAGAACGUCCGAGAGAGCUCCGCUUUCGCCGCCAAGCACUACACCGAGCUCGAGGCUGCCAAGGCUGCCAACCAAGACGACUCGUCGGCAGACUCCACCUCUGCGCCGAAAGCAGUCACGCAUGUAGAAGUGGAGCGCUCAGAACAGCUCACUGCAGCUCGUCUGCGUUUGCCCGUCGUGGCCGAGGAAGACAACAUCGUCCGCACCAUCAUGGAGAACACCGUCACCGUCAUCUGCGGUGAGACCGGUUCCGGCAAGACGACCCAAGUCCCCCAGUUCCUCUACGAAGCAGCGUUCGGCACCAAGGGCAGCCUCAAUCCGGGCAUGAUCGGCGUCACUCAGCCUCGACGAGUUGCGGCCGUCAGCAUGGCUCAGCGCGUCGCCUCGGAACUCAGCCUGCCCGCCGAUCGCGUCUCGCAUCAGAUCAGGUACGACGCUACAGUCAGCCCGGACACAGCCAUCAAGUUCAUGACCGAUGGUGUCCUGCUCCGAGAGCUGGCGACGGAUUUCCUGCUCACCAAGUACAGCGCCAUCAUGGUCGACGAGGCACACGAGCGCAGCAUCAACACCGACGUGCUCAUUGGCGUGCUCAGUCGUGUCGUGCGUCUUCGUGAGAAACGAUGGCUCGAAGGUGUCGCAGACGCUCGGCCUUUGCGACUCAUCAUCAUGAGUGCUACGCUGCGUGUGUCGGACUUCACCGAGAACACCACGCUGUUCCCGAUCCCACCGCCAGUGAUCAACAUCGACGCGCGCCAGCACCCCGUCUCUGUGCAUUUCAAUCGCAAGACGGUGCAGGAUUACAUCACCGAGUCGGUCAGCAAGGCCACCAAGAUCCACGCAAGACUGCCACCGGGUGGCAUCCUCAUCUUUCUGACGGGUCAGCAGGAGAUCACCACCGUGUGCAAGAAGCUGGAAAGCCGGUUCGGAAGGAAGGCGAUCGAGAAGAAGAAGAAGGACCAUGAGCGGGUUCAGGGCCGCUUCAAGUAUCGUCGCGGCGACGAUGACGAGGAGGACAAGGGAAAGCACGCCGAACAGGACGCAUCGGCUCGAGUCAAGAUCACGGCGCGAGAUGGCGAUGUUGAGGCGGAAGAGGUGGAUCUUGGACUGGACCGCGAUCUCGCUGCUGAUGUCGACGAUGGCGCUAUGGCGGACGACGUCGAUCCGGAAGCGUUGGACACUGACGACGAAGAUCAUGACGACGAUGAAGACAAUCGCCACGACGACGAUCUUCCCGACGAGCUCAAGGACGACAGCGACGUGCCCAUGCACAUCCUGCCGCUCUACUCGCUGUUACCGUCGGAAAAGCAGAUGCGCAUCUUCGAUGUUCCACCCGUCGACACGCGUCUGGUCGUAGUCUCGACCAACGUCGCCGAAACGUCGCUGACCAUCCCCGGCAUCCGGUACGUCAUCGACUGCGGUCGAAGCAAAGAGCGCAAGUACGAUCUGGUCAGCGGCGUCCAGUCGUACGAGGUUUCGUGGAUCAGCAAGGCGUCCGCCGCGCAACGAGCCGGUCGUGCAGGUCGAACGGGUCCCGGUCACUGCUACCGACUCUACUCUUCUGCGGUCUACGAAGAUCAUUUCAGCCAAUUCUCGAGCCCGGAGAUUCUACGGACACCUGUGGAUGGGCUAGUGCUGUCGAUGAAGGCGAUGAACAUCGACAAUGUGGCCAACUUCCCGUUCCCGACGCCGCCGGAUCGUGUCGCUCUCAAGAAGGCCGAACAGGUACUGACGCACCUGGGCGCCCUGCAAGCUCCAGCGGUGGCGUCGGUGAGUGUGGGCAAGAACAAACGCAAACUCAACCACGCGCAGGUCACCGAACUGGGACGGACGAUGACGCUGUUCCCCGUGUCGCCGAGGUACGGCAAGAUGCUGGCGCAGGGUCAGCAGCACGGGUGCCUGCCGUACAUUGUUGCCAUGGUAGCUGCGCUGAGCAUUGGCGAUCCUUUUGUUCGCGAGCAGCUGAUCGAGGAGGAGUACUGCGAUCGUAGACGUGGCGGUGCGGAGGAGGGAGAAGGCGGCGAGGAAGGGGAUGACUACGACAGGGCGUUUGGAAAGAUGGAUGGCGACGAGGAAUUGCAUGCCGAGCUGAAGAAUCUUACGAAUAGCGAGAUGCUGGACAAGGAGCGCCGAAAAGCACGGCGGGCCAAGUACUUUGCUACGAUGCGCAAGUUCGAGGCGUUGGGCGCGGGAUUGUCCGACACGUUCCGUUUGCUCAGCGUUGUGGGAGCGUACGAGUACGCCGGAGGAAGCGUCAGUUUCUGCGACAAGAACUUCCUGCGACCCAAAGCGAUGGAGGAGAUCCACAAGCUGCGUGCGCAGCUGUGCAGCUUGAUCUCGUCGACGUUCCCGGAUCUAGCAGCUGCGCUGGCCAACCCGAAACUCGCUCCGCCGAGCGAGACGCAGCUCAAGGUGAUUCGACAGCUGAUCGCGUCGGCCUACAUCGACCAGGUUGCGGUGCGGGCGGAUCUGAUCUCGAACGAGAGCGUGGUGGCGAGCUCGACGGUGAAUCCGGACGAGCGAACGAGUCAGAUGCUGUUCAAGCUGCGGACCAAAGGCGGAGGCGAUCGGAUGCAGUCGACGCGCGGCGUGCCGUACAAGGCGAUGGGUGUGCCUGGAUUCGCGUUCGUCCACCCGACCAGUUCGUUCUACCACAUCACGCCUCCUGCGUGGGUGGUGUUCUCCGAGGUGCAACGCAGCAACUCCAAGUUCGCCAAGACCGGGGGAGACGAGGAGGUGAUGGGAACGGUGUGGUUGAAGACGCUGACGAAGAUCAACCCGGUGUGGCUGACGCAGCUGGGUCGAGGGUUGUGCAGCUUCAGCAAGCCUACGCCGGUGGCGGGUGGGGGAGAGUUGGACAGGUUGAAGGCGAACGUCAAGGCGGUCAAGGCAGGGGAUGAGGCAAGGAGGACGGUGUUGGUGACGCCGACGUAUGCCGUGGGGAGUGAAGGGGAUGGAAUGGCAGCAUUACAUUUUGGACUCUUCCGACCAAUCCUCGGGCUGUUUCCCCUCAACCACCUCCAGACCAUCUCUAUCAAACUUGACAUUCUCAGCGUGCUUCAACGCCCUCCCGAUAAACUUUGUAUGCGAACCAUACGCCAACAGUGCAUCCGUCACCGGAUGUCUCAACUCCAUCCUCGUAAACGCCAACGUUUUACCCAUACUGAUCACCUCCCCCUUCACAUUCACCUCGUCUCCGGUACCGCCUGCACUUUUGACGUAGGUGGUGUUGAUGUCUGUGCUGACACCCGUCGAGUAGAGACCGUGGCUUGCGAUUGCGAGGGAGCCGAUGGUGUCUGUGAGUGUGGCGAUGCAGCCGCCGUGGAGGGUGCCGAGACGAUUGAGGUUGUGCGGGGCGAUGCGGAAGGUUGCGUGGAUGAGACCGGGGUGUGCGUGGGAGAUGGAGAGUUGCGGGAUGGUGGUGGCGUCGUGACCGGAGGCGGUGAGGAACCCGCGGCAGAUUCGACGCACGAAGAGUAG